AUGGGUAUGACAAUCUCGAAGAUGUUUGAUAGGCUCUGGGGGAAGAAGGAGAUGAGAAUUCUUAUGGUCGGUCUCGAUGCCGCCGGAAAGACCACCAUUCUCUACAAGCUCAAGCUUGGUGAAAUCGUCACCACCAUUCCUACCAUCGGUUUCAACGUCGAGACUGUCGAGUACAAGAACAUCUCGUUCACCGUUUGGGAUGUCGGUGGUCAGGACAAGAUCCGUCCCCUCUGGCGACACUACUUCCAGAACACCCAGGGCAUCAUCUUCGUCGUCGACAGCAACGAUCGCGACCGUAUCACUGAGGCCAGGGAAGAACUCCAGCGCAUGCUCAACGAAGACGAGCUUAGGGAUGCUAUUCUAUUGGUCUUCGCCAACAAGCAGGAUCUCCCCAACGCCAUGGCCGCUGCUGAGAUCACUGACAAGCUUGGCCUCCACAGCCUGAGACAACGUGGCUGGUACAUCCAGUCCACGUGCGCCACCUCCGGUGACGGUCUCUACGAGGGUCUCGAGUGGCUCGCUAACGAGCUCCGAACCAACAAGCAGCCUUCCUCAUAA